CUGCUGUUAUGGGAGUGACUUGAUGCAGAGCAGGAGAUGCAGAUAACUUAGUAAAAACUGCUGUCUGUUGUGCCAUUAUAAAAAUGUUCUUCACCCUUAAAAAACUUUCAUUAAUGCUGUCACAUUAAUCACAGGUAAAAUUAUACAAAUUGCUAAUUACAAGAUUAAAAUAAAAAGGUAAAGCCUUUUCAGUGAACACAAGAACGUGCAGUAACCUCAGACAAUUUAAUCCGGAUGUUAUAAUCAAAUCCACAAAUUCGCUUGAAGAACCAAAUUAGCCAGAGAUCAAUUAUCACAAUUAGAAUAUCUGGCAUCUGUCAAAUCAUCUCAGAUGUAUUAAGUGAGGAAUGAAGAACAGACCCCUGGAGCCUACAUGAAGACAAUGUCAGACAUGACCUUGCUUGCAAAAUCCUAUUAUAAUUAAUAUAGUACUAAAAAUUGGCUUCUAUUUGUGUCCGUGAUGUAAGAUUUAAUGUUUUUUAAUUAUUCUUAUGCCAAGGCAGCAUUUAUUUAUUUAUUAAAAAUAGAGUACUUUUUUCUAUUUGAAGAAAAAAAAAAAGAUCACACAGUUUCUGCAAAUCUCAUGUUAAUCUUGAGUAGUGGUUCAACAGAUCACAAAACUCACGGUUCGGAUCAUAUCACGAUUAUUAAGUCACAGAUCGGAUCAUUUUUCGGAUCAGCACAACAAAAAAAAAAAGCCCUCUGACUACUCCGAUACCACACCAGAAACUGCUGGAUUUCAUAUAGUGGAAUCACAGAGAUACUGUAAUCAACAAACAUAAAAUUAAAAGACCCAUAAAAUCAAAGAAUAGACACAGGAUGAGAUCAGUGAAUCAAACAAGUCCAUGAAGAUUAUGGCAUCACAAAAACCAUUCGAUUAAUUUCUUUCCAUAACAAAUGUGCUUUAUAAACACAUAGUUACAGCAGCCAAGAGCCCAACUAAAGUGAACACUGAUCUUCAUAAUGGCGAAUUCAAAUUAAACUAUUAUUUUCCUAAAACUAUUAUUAGCCUAACUAAUACAUUAUUAAAGGCAAGUGAACAGACUGUAAAAAGAGCAAAUACUGUACACCAAUUACAAGCAUAAAUAAAUACAACAUAAAGUUACAAAUAAAAUAUAAGGUCUAACUGUAGUAUUAAUUUUCGUGUACAGAAAUGUAAUAAUUAAAUGUAAAAUGACACUUCACUGUAUAAAUUUAAUAUAGAUUAAUCUUUGUUAAAGCUGUGUUAUGUUGUUUGAUUUACAUGAAAUAGGUUGCUGUCACUUUAAGAGUAAGACCCCAUGCACGGACACAUCCAAUAGAUAUACAUCCGAAUUCUCACCUCGUUCAAUUAAGACAUAACCGAUUGUGUUUACGAGAAUACUUGCCGAGAGGGGUAUUUUGUAUCUAUCUUUUGCGUAGAGAUCGUCUGCAAGCUGUGACAUCAUUAUAAAAAAAAAGGGAACAAAAACGUUCGUGUUGUUUACAUUUUAUGCACUUGCGUGCCGAUUGCCGACAAAACACAGACAUCUGAUGCAGCUUUACUCACCACCCGUGAUCUGCAAAUCCAGCGCCGAACUGGGACUUGUUUACAAAACAUUCAUCACCAAAAUCCCGGGAACAAACAAACAUACGUGCACAACUCCUUUGCUGCCCCGGAAAAACAAACUUCAUCCACUGUUUCCUUAAGGCUGGGUUCUAUAGGAAGCUGAAAAAGGUAAUCUUUCCCUCACAACCAAAAACACACUCUUUCGGUGACAGGAGCUGCGUCUCAUUUCGGAGGCUUCGUCCUUCGGAGAUCACAUUUAAAGGCUGCAUACAUCAUCAAGGAUGUCAAAUUUAAGAAAAGUAACUAAUAAAAUUGACUGAUAUUCAUUGUGAGGUGUAAAAUACUGUAAUUUCUUUCUUAUGUUGCAAUCUAACGGUCAAAGUGUGCAGCCCCUGAAUUGGGACACAGCCAUUGUUGAAAAAUCUCUCGACUUCUGUAUCCCGAACUAAACGCGUUGAUGGGCGUGCUCUUGCUCUUGCUCUGGGUGAUGUGUAUGAGCACCCUUAUCAGGGAGAAGUGCCUAUACAAGGAAUUCCGCCCUUUUAUAAUGUCAUACAGGCCAUACUCAAAAAAAACUCUCCGAAACAUGUCCACAACCGGAAGUUGUAUAUUUGGCACAGAAAUACUCCGUCAUACGUCCAACUCGUGUUUUUAAACUUUGGCCAUGUUUAGCAUGAGAAUGCAACUCUUUAACAUUGUAAAGUAGUCAGAAUGCAUUAAAUAGCAUUACACCCCCCACCCACACACACACACACACACACACACACACACCCCUUUAAAGUUCUUUACAGUGUGUUACUGUAAAACACCAUUAUGGUGAUCAGUGUUUGCUUCAGUUGAGCAACUUUUCUUGAUUUUUUUUUUUUCUCUAGCUGCUGUAACUGUUUAUAAAACAUAUUGUAAUGGCAAAAAAUGUUGAUUGUUCUGUGUUGAUGAUGUAAGCAUCAUGUAACUCACUGAUCUCAUCCAGUGUUUCAUUCCUUAUUAAAACUCUGAACAUCAUAAACCAAGCAACAAAAAAAAAAAAAGAAAAAAAAAAAAUAGUAACACCAUUCAGCUGCAUAAUUUAUCCAUGCCACAAUGCAUGCUGGGAGUUUUGUACUAUACUGGCACCCAGCAUGCAUUGCCUCAUUAAACUUUUGAUCGUCACCAUUGUUGAGAUUCAUAUGUGAUUCUUGAUGUCUGAAUGAUGCAGUAGCUCAAAAUGUUAUGUUCAUUAGAUUUAAAUUCUUUAAAUUCUUUUACAUUUUUAAAUUCUUCAAAAUAACUGAUUACCAAAACAUUGCUGGAUUUCAUAUAGUGGAAUCACAGAGAUACUGUAAUCAACAAACAUAAAAUUAAAAGACCCAUAAAAUCAAAGAAUAGACACAGGAUGAGAUCAGUGAAUCAGACAAGUCCAUGAAGAUUAUGGCAUCACAAAAACCAUUCGAUUAAUUUCCUCUUGGCUAUUUCUUUCCAUAACAAAUGUGCUUUAUAAACACAUAGUUACAGCAGCCAAGAGCCCAACUAAAGUGAACACUGAUCUUCAUAAUGGCGAAUUCAAAUUAAACUAUUAUUUUCAACAAAACAUCAACAUCUAAACCGCUGUUAAUUCUCAACAAGAACUUUUGUACAUGAAUGAAAGAAAUAAUGUCAAAAUGGUUUGUAAACUGGUUUCACACUCAGUUUAAAAAGGACAGGCUGUGGCUGGAUGUCAGUUGUAGUUAGAACAAAUGUCUGACAUGUCUACAGUUGCUUCACAUACCCCACCUUUAAACAAGUUCUACAUGUUAUUUGUCUUUACCAUGCUGCAUUUUCCAGCCAACAGCCUACAAUUCACCUUAGGGCAGAACAUAGCUAUAGCUGCUCAUCAGAGCAUAAAACAAACAUUUAUACAAACAUUACCUAAAAAUGACGCUAAUAUACAAGUAUUACAAAACAACCAUUUCUGUGCUUCUCGUCUUCUCACAUUUUUUUUUUUUUUUUUUGAACCAACUGAUUUUUUUUAAAGCUGAAAUGAAUGUGAAUUAAUUGAAAUGCCCACAGGACAAAAAACAGCCCCCAAGGAAGCUCAGAUGUGUGAGCUACAGCACUGAAUAAAGACACUAACGACAUCAGUGGACAUCAGAAUGGCUGACAGGGCAGGCAGAUCGGGUGACUGGAAGACCAGGGAAAGAUGCCUCGAUAGGAGCAAGAGCAUGGAUGAAUACCCUAAAAUUGGCAGUAGUCCAGAUUUGAAUCGCCCUGACAAGUAUGUUCCAGAGAGUGAUCUGAGGAUUGUUCUGCUGGGGAAGGACUUGCAGGAAAACUGCAGAGUUGGAAAACUCAUUUUAGGGAAUGAAAAGUUUGACAUUGAAGCUCCUUCAGAUCAAGUGCAGACAGAAAGAAAAAUACACAAGACAGUCAUCAACGUUCCUCACCUGCUCCAGCCACAUCUCUCAGACCAUCAGAUCAUAGAGGCCGUGAGAGAGUGUGUGAAACAGUCUGAUCCAGGACCACAUGUGAUCGUUCUGGUCCUCAAACAUGACCAGUGUUCAAAAGAAGAUCAAGAGCAUGUGGAGAAGGUGCUCAACUAUUUCUCUAACAAGGUUUAUGAACACACCAUGGUGCUCACGAUACAAGAUUCAGACAGUAUUGAGCUGACCAAAGUCAAUGACGUUAUAAAGGAAAUGAUUAAAAACUGUUUUAACAGACAUUACAAACUUACAAAAAACAGCCCUUCUGCUGAUCUUAGAGAGACAUUAGAGAAAAUUGCACAAAUGAACAGUGGACACUAUCUGAUUUGUGAUGAAUUUGAAGGUUCAGAGCAACAGGCCAGAGAAAGAGGCCAUAAGGAGACACCUCUGACCAUUGCACUAUUUGGAAACUCUGCAUCAAUCCAGUUUAGACAUGACAACUAUCUACUUGGAGAAGAAGAGAACCGUUUUAAAACUACAGACACAUCCAGGAUCAUUCCUUUACAGAGAGAAAUAGCAGAAGACUACAUCUCUGUGAUCAACAUGACUGUCAGACAUGAGACUGAACUUAACUUGCACUGUGUGGAUUAUCUCAUUGAUCAACUAGUGAAUGAAAAUGAAAUCCACGCCUUCAUCUUUGUUGUGCGACUGGGCCAGUUAACAGAUGCCGAUCAGAAGAGUCUUGAAUGGCUUCAGAGAGUGUUUGGUGACAAAGUUCUUCAGUAUGUGAUGAUUCUCUUCACCUAUGAGACAGAAGAAGAGUCUGACACUAUAAACGACAUAAAAAACCCUGUUCUGGAGCAGCUGCUGGAGAAAUGUGGAGGAAGAUAUCACACCUGCAACAAGAUGAUGAACAACCAAACAGAGAUGAGAGACCUGAUGAACAAGAUUGAGCGUCUGUUUAAUGAAAAUAAACAGCAGCGCUACACUGAAAUAAGGCAAAACUUUCAAAAGAGUGGGGUUCUUUUCAAAAAAGAAAGUGAUACAAUCGCAAUCAUGAAAGACAACACGCAGCAAAUCACUACAAGCAUGGGGAAAGAUACACCAAACAAGGUAAUAGCUUUAGAAAAGGAAACAAGAUUGGAACAAGACAACGGAAAAGAAACUAAUGGAAAAACAAAGCAUCUCUUUAAAAGACUUCAUCUUAAAGGCAGGGAUCAUAAACUGAGAACUGCAGAUUUUCUUCAAUUAACUGCACAUUCAUUAAAAUCCUGUGACUCUUGUGUUGAAGAGGAGCUGAUUCAGACUUUCAUGCAAAAACUACUGAUGAUGAACUACAGAGCAAGAUACAUUCAUGUUGAGGAAAACAAUGAACAGCAUCACACAAAACAAAGAGACAAUGACUCAUAUAAAGAUAUGGGUGAUAUUUUUAAAGCAAUGUCUAUUUCUAAAAAAGGAAUCAGUCAAUCUGAUCGCAUUCACCCAAUGGAUGUUCAGAUGGCCGUAUUUCAUUGUUCUGAUGGUUUUCUGAAGCAGCUGUUGGUCACUAAACUGUCCCAGUGUCAGUACGCUCUGCCUCUGCUUGUUCCUGAUCCAUUCACACAACAGAUUGAGUUUCCUCUCUGGACAUUCAGACAAAUCAACAAGAGCUGGAAGAUCAGAAACACCAACAAUGAAAUCAUCAGUCAAACCCAUCCGGUCUACAAGGCACCAACUCCAAUGGUGUCUUUCUUUAGGUUUGGCUCUGUGUCUUCAUCCAAGUCUCAGCUGAUGAACAGUCUGAUCAAUGAGAAACACAACACAUUCUUCCACAGGAACUGCCCAGGCAGCAGCAGAACCAGAGUCCUGAUGGAUGGAGUGGUGGAGAUCGCCUGGUUCUGCCCCUCUGGGAAAAACACGGAUAAAUUCACUGACUGUGUUGCGUUCUGUAAUCUACAUGGUGAUGCAGGAGACCAUGAGAAACAGCUGCAGAUCCUCACUGAAAUGGCCUCAGUCAAUGUUGUUCUUCUACCACAACUUCAAAACAAUGACAAAAGUGCAACAAUAAUCCAAAACCUGUACAGUAACAGAAAGCCACUCAUUUGUCUUUUUACUGAGGAUGAAUCUGCUGUAACUGAGCUGAUGAAAGGGAAAUUCAAGAUUGGUUUGAAAGACAGAAAUCAGUCGGAUGUAUCUGAAGAACUCAGAAGAACUAUAAAUGAUUGUCUCUCAGAAUCAUCUUCCACUUUCAGACUUGAAGAUGUGUCCAAACACUCAGACAUCAGAGUAGAUGAGGAAGAUGAUGAUAACUGCAGAAGAGGAAGAGAAGCAGCACAGCAGAUGAUGAGUUUACUGGAGAAGAAAGAUCUGACAGAAAUCAAAGACUUAUUUCUGCCCUGUCAGGGAAAACUGUGGCAUCAGUGGAGUCAGAAGAACAAAGAACUACAUCGACCUCGAGCAUAUGAGACAGAAAUGGAUAUCAGUAGAAAGAAAACAGAAAUGAAGAAUAUCCGUCAACAGCAGCAUGAAUCUGACAUAAAUACUUUUAUACAGUUGUUUUUUAAACAAAUCCAAUGUCAUGCUGAGAAUAACAUGUAUUUUCUGAAAUGGCUUGAAAUCUUCCUAACCUCAAAAAAUAUUUUUGUUCCUCAAAAAUAUGAUACAUCUAAACAACUCAAGGCUGAACAAACUGACCUUGAGAGAAUGUCUGAGGAAUUACAAGCUGCAACCUUUGGUCUGGAGCACAUCAUGAGGGAGAUCGGUCAGAUCUAUGAAUCAUGUUCAUCUGUGAAGAAGAACAAGAAAGACCUGCAGGUUCACUUCUCUUCUCUCCCGAGUCUUGCAGCAGAGAUGAUUAUCUCUGGAUUUCCAAUGGAGCUGAUGGAUGGAGAUGCUGCUCAUGUUCCUGUGGUCUGGAUCUCUGCUGUUCUAGAUGAACUCAUCCAGAAACUGGGAGACCAGAGAGUUUUUGUGCUGUCAGUUUUAGGGAUUCAAAGCUCUGGAAAAUCCACCAUGCUGAAUGCCAUGUUUGGACUCCAGUUUGCCGUCAGUGCUGGCAGGUGCACCAGAGGAGCUUUCAUGCAGCUGAUCAGAGUGUCAGAAGAGAUGAAAACACAGAUGAACUUUGACUAUAUUCUGGUUGUUGAUACUGAGGGUCUUCGUGCUCUAGAAUUGACUGGAAGUUCAACCAGACAUCAUGACAAUGAAUUGGCCACAUUUGUUGUUGGUCUUGGAAAUCUGACCUUGAUCAACAUCUUUGGAGAAAACCCAUCUGAGAUGCAGGACAUUCUUCAGAUUGUUGUCCAGGCCUUCCUGAGGAUGAAGAAGGUCAAACUAAAUCCCAGCUGUGUGUUUGUGCAUCAAAACGUCUCGGACGUCACAGCUGGAGAGAAAAAUGAGGAGGGAAGGAGACGACUGCAGGAGACACUGGAUAAGAUGACAAAACUUGCUGCUAAAGAUGAAGUCUAUGAUGCAGGAUGUUUCAGUGAUGUCAUUAAAUUUGAUGUUCAGAAUGAUGUGAAGUAUUUUGCUCAUCUUUGGGAGGGAAACCCACCGAUGGCACCACCAAACCCAAACUACUGUGAGAAUAUUCAAGAACUAAAGGAAACUAUUAUGUCUCAUGCCUUAAAGUCACAUGGAAUGAUGCUGAUAGACUUAAAAGAUCGUAUGAAAGAUCUUUGGGAGGCUUUACUGAAUGAACGAUUCGUCUUCAGCUUUAGAAAUUCUCUGGAGAUUUCAGCCUACAGGAAACUGGAGACAAAAUACAGCAAGUGGUCCUGGAGGCUUCGCAGUGCCAUGAUGGAAAUUGAGAACAAACUACACAACAAAAUAGAAAAUGAAGCAAUCCAUGAGGUUGAGGAAACUGAUCUUCAAACAGAACUGAAGAAGACAAGUGAAGAAGUGGAAAAAUCAAUGUCUGCAUUCUUUGAGAAAGACAUAGAUGCAGAUAUACUCAUUCAGUGGAAAACAUCAUUUGAAAUCAAAAUUAAAGAGAUUCAGGAAAACAUUGUAAGAGAAACAAAGAGAAAAUUAAAUGAGAUUCUUCAGCAGCGAGACCUGAAGAAAAUGAUUGAUGCUCAGAAGACACAUCAUGAAAACACUCUCUUUGAAAAGAGCAAAGAGCUUGCCUUAAAACUCAAAGACAAAACAAAUGAUGAACAAACACUGAAAAAAGAAUUUGAUUUGUUCUGGAAACACAGUGUGAAGAAGAUCAUCAGAGACACUCAUCCAAUAAAAGACAUUGACAUAAUGAGAGAUGUGAAACACUUCCUCAGUGACAUCUAUGAAAGUGCACCUGUAGGCCACUGGAUGGAGAGCAAGGAUAUUUUCUCUGUGCCAAAUUAUACUCAAUAUGUUCUUUUUAAGAAGGAGUUCAAAGAUUCUGUAAUCAACUCAUCUGGAUACACUCAAACAUUAUCUCCAGAAGAUAAAAUAAGAAUAUUCAUCACAGAUGUUGCUCAGCAGACAGACAAAAUGAUUCAGUCAUUUAACAUUUCAAAGAUGGGCUACAACAUCAGCCGGGUUCAACAACUCAUAGAUUACAUCAAGAGGAGAGUAACAGAACAUCAGGAAGGAUCUGUGGAAUAUGAGUUCAAGAAUGAAUUCUUCAUGAAUUUAGUACUUUCCAUCUGUAGCAGAGCAGUGCAGAUGAUCACUGACCAACACAAAAUGUUCAGAGACGCCAAUGAUCCAGAAAUAUAUGUUGAGAAAAAGAGAGCAGAGUACUAUAGUAUUUUCCAGAAGUACUGUCAUGGAGCAACAUCAGCUGCUAUUUUUGGAGAGAUCAUCUGUCAGAAACUUAAAGAGCCCAUUGAGCAGAGUGUCUACAAGAAGACUGCUAGAGAUCUGACAGAUGAAAUAAUGAAAAAUUGUCAAUCACUGAAUGGAAACAGAUCAAAAUUGGAGAAACACAUCCUGAAGACACUGGCAGAAGAGGAGGAUUGUGAAAAAUACAUGAACUACAUUUAUAAUCCCAGAGAUCACUUCAAGAGUUUCAUCAGAAAUGAAGUCAGUCAGUACAUCACUGAUAAGUUCAGUGUCAUCAUUUUACACAAGAUGAAGGAGAACAUUAAACUUAUGCAGCAGAAGAUCAUAAAAGCAGCACAUGAAUCUACUGAACUUGUUCAAGUGAACAGAGGAGAUGUUGGUUUGUGGUUGAAGAGUUUCACACAGCAGCUCUCGGAUGUGCUGAUCUUCUCUGAAAAAGACCUCAGUGGAGUGAAACAUAGUGGUGCUGAUAAUUGCAACCUCCUAGAAGAUGUGAUAAGAGAAGAACUUCCUGCUACAAUGUCUGAUAUCUAUGGUAGAUUCAACACAGAGACAUUUCUAGUAAAGCUGGACUAUACGUUUAGGCCAGAUGAGAUUCUUAUCGAUCACUUCUGUCAGUGCUGUUGGGUUCAGUGUCCAUUCUGUAAAACUGUCUGCACCAACACCAUAGAAAACCAUCAUGGAGAUCACAGUGUUCCUUUCCAUCGUAGUAUUGGACUGAGUGGAAUUCAUUAUGACAAUACAUUUAACUUGUCUACUCAUAUCUGCACAUCAGCAGUGGGAAACAGCAAUCUAUAUUUUUAUCCUAUUGGAUCAGAAGAUAAAGUCCCCUGGAAAGAUUACAGAACAGCAGGAGGAGUUUAUGCAGACUGGAGCAUCACCUCUGACCUCUCUGAACUGCCCUACUGGAAGUGGUUUGUGUGCAGAUUCCAGAAAGAUCUGGAAAAAUACUACAGUAAAACAUUUGAGGGGAGUGGUGAGAUACCAGAUGAAUGGAAAAUAUACUCAAAACAGGAUGCUAUUGAGAGUUUGGAUAAAUACAUUUAACUGAACAAGUAUAAUACGUUUCUUUUAGGUCUUUGAUUUACAGAAUUGUUUUAUCACUUCAAUGAAGCUGAAAUCACCGAAACAUAUUUGAUACCUUGGGACACCUUAGAGAGAAGAGAUUAAAGAUUUAAUAGUGUUUCAAAAGACUAUGUAUUGGGGAACUGAUCAAAAAAUUUAGACCUAUGGGUGUUGGAAAUGCCUAAAUGUGACAAAAUAAUCAUAAAAGUCUUUAUUUGUUCUUUCAAAUUUAGUUUGAGCUCUUAACUGCAUCCUGCUAACUUUUAAAAAAAAAGAUUUCUCUUCUACUUUGCUUUCACUAUUUCUUAAUUCCCUCCUUGCUCUCGCCUGUACUAUUCUAGACAAUGUUUGAAAAUUCGUAUUAUUAGCACUUCUCAUGUUAUUGCCUCCUUAAGAGGAAUCAUUGUAUUUUCUCAUUUUCAGUACAAGUUGCUUUGGAUAAAAGUGUCUGCUAAAUUAAUAAAUGUAAAAAUAUA